UCUUCUCCAGUUUUCUCCCUCCCUGUUUCACCUCUCCCUCCCUUCCUCAGGCAUCAGAGCAGAGACUGCAGUUUCUCUACUUUACCAGGCUCAAGGCUGGAGGCCCUGCCAUGGCACCUCCAAGGCCCCUUCUGAUGCUGGCCCUGCUGGCAUGGGUUGUUCUGGCUGACCAAGAGUCGUGCAAGGACCGCUGCACUGAGGGCUUCAACGCCGACAGGAAGUGUCAGUGUGACGAGCUCUGCUCUUACUACCAGAGCUGCUGUGCCGACUACGUGGCCGAGUGCAAGCCCCAAGUGACUCGAGGGGAUGUAUUCACUCAGCCAGAAGAUGACUACAGGUUGUACGACUACCACGAGGAGACCAGACCCAGUAUGAGUGCCCAACCACAGACAGAGAGGCCCAGACUGCAGGGCCACACUAAAGAGACUCCUGAACUGGCACCUACUCAGAACCCUCAGGAAGAAGUCGUUCCAAUAUCUGGGCAGGGGAACUCAGAACCUGAGGUGGAGCUCCUCAGGCCUGAGAUCCCAGCAGAGGAGGAGAAGUGCAGCGGGAAGCCCUUUGAUGCCUUCACUGACCUCAAGAAUGGUUCCCUCUUUGCCUUCCGAGGGCUGUACUGCUAUGAGCUGGAUGAAAAGGCAGUGAGGCCUGGGUACCCCAAGCUCAUCCAAGACGUCUGGGGCAUUGAGGGUCCCAUUGAUGCCGCCUUUACCCGCAUCAACUGUCAGGGGAAGACCUACCUCUUCAAGGGUAGUCAGUACUGGCGCUUUGAGGAUGGUGUCCUGGACCCUGAUUACCCCCGAAACAUCUCUGAAGGCUUCAGGGGCAUUCCGGAUAAUCUGGAUGCAGCCUUUGCACUUCCUGCUCAUAGCUACAGUGGCCGGGAGCGGGUCUACUUCUUCAAAGGCAAACAGUACUGGGAGUACCAGUUCCAGCAGCAGCCCAGUCAAGAGGAGUGUGAAGGCAGCUCCCAGUCGGCCGUGUUUGAACACUUUGCCCUGAUGCAGCGGGACAGCUGGGAGGACAUCUUCAAAAUUCUCUUCUGGGGCAGUUCCUCUGGUGGUGUUGGACAGCCCCGGUUCAUCAGCAGGGACUGGCUUGGUUUGCCUGGACAAGUGGAUGCGGCCAUGGCUGGCCAUAUCUACAUCUCAAGCUCAACUCCCCGCUCCUCUCAGAUCAAAAUGACCAAGUCUAAGCGUCGCAACCGCAAGCGCUACCGCUCACACCGUGGCCGUGGCCAUAGCCGUAGACGCAGCCAGAACCCCCACCGGAAAUCUCGUUCAGUCUGGCUGCCCUUGUUCUCCAGUGAGGAGAGUGGUCCUGGAGCCUACAACUAUGACUAUGAGAUGGACUGGCUAGUGCCUGCCACCUGUGAGCCCAUCCAGAGUGUCUACUUCUUCUCAGGAGACAAGUACUACCGAGUGAACCUUCGCACGCGGCGAGUGGACGCUGUGAUCCCUCCCUACCCACGCUCCAUCGCUCAGUAUUGGCUGGGCUGCCCAGUCCCUAUCCACGAGUAGGAGUCUGAGUCCACACAGCUGGGCCUCUGCUGCCCCCUCCGCCAACUUCCUCUUCCCAGCCCAAUAAAGAUUCCUUGG